AUGCUGGUUUCGGCGACAGUGCAGUUGGCGCUGCUCGCCGCGGCGGUGCUGUCUGCCACGCGGAGUGACGCUGCCCCAGUGAAGUUAUGCGGCAGGCAGCUCGGCGAGAUCAUGAGCAGGGUCUGCCACGCUUACAACAGCCCCUCCUGGGACGUCCCGACAGUGGUCGAGCAACCAGCGGCGGUGGUCCGACGAAGGCGGCAAACCGGUAUCGCUGACGAGUGUUGCAAUUACGGAUGCACAUGGGAACAGCUCACAGAGUACUGUGCGGUCAGCGCCAACUCGGAGUCGCCGCUGGGCUCGAUGGAGUCGCACAUGAUCGAGGACCGGUCGGCGGAGGCCGGCGGGGUGGGGGCGGCGGGGGCCGGCGGGGCGUCGGCGGCGCCGCGCGAGGUGGGGCGCGUUCGGAGCCGCGGGUACGGGCGCGCGGGGUGGCGCCGCCGCUGCCGCUGCCGCGGGCGACGCUCGGGCCGGCGCCGCGCCCUCAUGGGUAACACGGUGUGUCUGGACGCGCCGCUCUCUCGCUCUCGGACGGCAACGCCGCUACUUGCAAUGCCAACUUGGCCACUUAUCUUCCCAGAUUUU